UGGAACAGAAGUUGUUUACCCUGAGCGAAGGCACCUGCUACGGACUUAACCCUACUGCCGGAGUGUGACAGGAGAAGGUCUCUUUAAAUCCAAUCCGCGGGACUUUACGUAAUUUAGCGAAGGCAACCGAUAGGGAGGCACGAGCGAGAGGAUUUCGCAACAGGGGGUUGACGCGCUACUGUCCGAGACGAACCAACGUAAAGGGAGACGCAUUUCAGUUGAAGGGAGUCAUUGAACGCACAUCCUUCGAUAUAUGCUCACUUUACAUUGAAAGGCAUUACAGAAGGAAGAUAUUUUACUAAAAGUGUUCUUAUCUUCUCACCAUUGUUCACCCCUUGACCCUCACGUGACUUCAAACCAGAAGGUCAAACCAAAUAGCAGUUGGAGGAAACUGCAAAUCAGCCCAAAGGUCAAAGCGGCCCGACAUGGCAGCUAUCGACCUGCCGCGCGGGCUGGAGCAUCGUGGGCAGAGCUGGGGCACCGAGAGGGCCGAGCUUACGGACAGCUUUGACCUGGAGAUGCAGGAGUGGGAGGUCCAGCUACAGGACAUGCAGAUGAAAAUAGAGGAGCUGUACAAUGAGGUUCAAGCUCGUAGGGGAGGAAACGACAUCACCAGUGAGAAAAACUCCAACGACCUGAACUUUGGUCCACAGCACCAAGGCAACGGCUUCUGUGACCCGCCUGGUUGUCACAGCUACGGCAAUAAGGACAGAGCUGUUGGUUCGCCAAAUCUCCAUAGCAACGGCUACAACUAUGCCACCAACGGUUGCAGCUACCCUGUCAAUCAUCAGAAUCGUAGCACUGGAUAUGCUCACAGCAGUGGGGUGGCGGAGUUUGGAGACUUGUUGCAGGACUACCUUGGUCAGGGCCAUGGAAUGACCCGGAAGAACAGUGGUGCUCCCAUCACUCAUGGGAAACAGAUGGCCAAAGUAAGCUGGAAUCUGCCUGGAGACCAGAAUGAGGUCAACAGGAAGCCGGCCAAUGAAAGGGUUGUCCAGGACAGGAUCAUGGUAGGGUUUGAGGAGGCUGAAAACAGAAAAAACAAACACUGCAACAAGGAGAACACAGGGGCCAAACCCCCUUUCAGACAGAGAGACGCUCCCCCUGUACCCCCUCGCUCUACCUCCCAGCUCCCCGACUCCCCAGCUCCAGACAGGAAGGUCCAUAACUCCGGCGUCCUGGUGGACAGGAAGUGCGGUAGCCCCUCUGUCCUCAGGAAGUUUGGUGCCAUGCUUCAGGAGAACGAGGGCAAGACUUUCACUGACACUGGCGUAUUGACCAAUCUGGUGCCCCAGGAACCCAGGUGCCCCACCCCUGCCUGUCAGCGCAGGAGCCUUGGCGCCGGCAGGACUCCCACUCGUGGCCCCGUCCAAAAAUUCCAGGCGGAUUCCUCAGUGCUGACAGCAGAGAUGGACCCCAUCCAAGACUGGGCUGCAGCAGGGCCUGUAAUAGACUCUCGCAAACAGAGCUACGUGGCAGAGCAGCGGGGCACAUCUCUGGCCAGCUAUGGCCACCCUAAAGGACCCCAGCAUGGGGCCCAGCCCCAGAGGAGGACCCAGGUGGGUGGGAGCCCCAAGGCCAGACCCAGGGCCUCGAGUGCGGGAGACAGGGACCUGGUCCAUGGUCAGAGAGUUAAGAGACCUGCACCCCAGCCUGUAGAGCCCAGAGUGGAAUACAGGAACCUGGGGGGCUCUCCUGGAUCUCAGAGGAUCCAGAGGGGAGGGAUGGUGGGGAAGGAUGGAGGACUUGUAGAGCUGCUGGAUAUGCUGGAUAUUGAGCAUGAGUAUAACCCCAGCCCACGAGCUAGUGCAGCACUCUCCCCCUACAGACAGGAGAUGCAGCAGGCCACUCCUCCUCAGUCGUCCCCGGCAACCCCCAGAAGGAAUUUCUGUCGUCCUGCUCGACCCGCCAAUCAACGUCCGCCGUCCAGGUGGGCAAGCUGCACCCCUACUUCCAAGAUCUCCGCCCCGUGUGGUCCGAUGUCUCGGCCCCCAAGCCCUCUGGCACGCCCGCCGAGCCCCAUGACACGAAGCCCAAGUCCUGCCCUGAAGCAGCAGUCCUUCAGCUCCUACCUGCUCCAUGCAGAGACUGUCAUCAUGUGAAAGCCACCCAUACUACCUACACCUUCCCCAUUCUAAGACAUAGUUCAUUCGUCAUCUCAUCCCAUCUUUCUGUAAAUAUUAAAGAAUGUUCUUUAUACCAGUCUAUAAAAAGUGCUUUAAGAGAAUUAUGAAAAGUGGUUCACUUAUAUGUAUAUGGUGUUUAUUUAAAUGGACACCAAAUAAGUCUUCAGUGUUGCGGUGGCCUUCCCUUCUGUGCCAAACCUGGUCCUGCUCAAUUUUGAUUUAAUAUUUAUUUUACUAUUAGACUUUAUCUGUCUUGUUUUAAAAACAAUGUUUCUUUGGAUGGCUGUGUUGAUGUAGCAUGCCCCUAUAUUUGCGGGUGCAUGUCCCUGUAUUGAACUUGACCCAUUAUCAUCAUGUUGCCUCAGUUUCAAGAUGGCUGACAGACGUCUUCAGUUGCACAUGAGCUGUUGUAAGCGAAAAUCUGUCUAUGGUGUGUUUUACUGUAUUAUUAUCAAAGUAAUGCAUUGGAAACGUUCAAGUAAACUUAGUGAAACAUACAGUAUAUGACUAUACAGUGCUUUUUCUGUCAUUUUCCUUUCUUGAUAAUAAAAAACA